AUUCAUCAAUAACGACAAUGUUUACAAGUGUAACGUAAGUCAACAGUAUAAAAGAGCAUCCUGCACGCAUUGAAGCCAUUCCUGGAGUCAUUUCGACAGCUUCAAAAGAACCCUCAAAAUGAAGCUUAAUCAAGCUGCCUGCUGUAUUCUGGUGUUGUGUAUUAUAACAAGCAAUGUCGACGCAAGACUUAGACUGAGUAACCUUUUCAGGCCGAGAAACUUGAUAGGAGCAGGUAUAGCAACAUAUGGGAUAUCUCGUUUGCUUGGAAACAGACAUGGUGGGUAUAAUUACGGAUACAACCAGCCGUAUAGCUACCCGUCUUUUGGAUAUCCACAGCCUUAUGGAUAUCCACAGCCUUAUGGAUAUCCACAGCCUUAUGGAUUUCCCCAGCAGUAUGGCGGUUACCAGGGUUCCUUCGGAUACGGCGGUACAGAUCUCCUAGGAUUAGCCGCCAUCGGGACUGGAGCCGCUAUUGCUCUUUCGUAAUGGAGAAGAUGUGACCAGUGAAUCGUAAUCCUUUAACAAACAUGACUUUAUAAUUUGUACACAUAAAGCCCUUAUGAUUUUCUACAAAUAAAGCUUUUACGUGAAAAAAAUAUUGUGUAUUUAAUUCAAUGUUUUAUAUCUAGACGUCGUAUAAAAUAGUUGUCGAGUUGAUUUUGAAAGAAAUAAAAGAUAUGUCUAGACUCAUG